AUGUCCCUCAAGCUGCCACGGAACUGGGAUUUCAACCUGAAAAUGGAUGCUGCAAAAAUAGCCCGCUCCAAGAGCGUGAUGAGCAGCGAGGCGGCGGGCGCCCGGCCGGCCUCCCCCAACCCGCUGGAGCGGCCCCUGAAGAUCGGCUGGCUGAAGAAGCAGCGCUCCAUCGUCAAGAACUGGCAGCAGCGCUACUUCGUGCUCAGGGGUCAGCAGCUUUACUACUACAAGGAUGAGGAUGAUGCCAAACCCCAGGGCUGCCUGUCUCUCCAGGGAAGCACCAUCAAGGAGGUGGCCAGCAACCCAGAGGAAGGAGGGAAAUUUAUCUUCGAAAUCAUCCCGGGGUUCUCUGGAGACCAGAACCGCACAGGGCAGGACACCUGUGUGCUCAUGGCUAAUUCCCAGUCUGAGAUGGAGGAAUGGGUUAAAUCCAUCCGACGAGUGCUGGGGUCAGCAUCAGGAGUGGUGUUCGGCCAGCGCUUGGCAGAGACCAUGGCCUACGAGCAGAAAUUUGGGCAGCAGCAGGUCCCCAUCCUGGUGCAGAAGUGUGCCGAGUUCAUCCGGGAGCACGGCGUGAGCGAGGAGGGCAUCUUCCGCCUCCCCGGCCAGGACAACCUGGUGAAACAGCUCAGAGACGCGUUUGAUGCUGGGGAAAGACCAUCCUUUGACCGGGACACCGAUGUGCACACCGUGGCCUCUCUGUUCAAACUCUACCUGCGGGAGCUCCCCGAGCCCGUGGUGCCCUGGAUGCAGUACGAGGAUUUCCUGCUGUGCGGUCAGGCGCUGGAUGCGGAGGAGGCAAAGGGCCAUCAGGAGCUCCUCAAGCAACUGUCCCUCCUUCCCAGAGACAACUACAACCUCCUCAGCUAUAUCUGCAGGUUUCUACAUGAAAUACAGUUGAACUCUAGUGUCAACAAGAUGAGUGUGGAUAACCUGGCAACAGUGAUUGGAGUGAACCUCAUCAGACCCAGGAUAGAGGAUCCUGCAAUUAUUAUGAGAGGCACACCACAGAUCCAGAAAGUGAUGACUGUGAUGAUAAGUGACCAUGCAGACCUCUUUCCCCCGUCCAAGGAUGUGCCGCCCUCCCCACCUGCCCCAAAAAGUGAGAAAAAGGCCCCCAUCCCGCGCAGCUCCGUGGGCUGGGAUGCUGCAGAGGACCCUGCGGUGCCCAGGGUGGAGAGCUUGACCCAAAGGCAAAUGAGGGACGACCCGCGAGCCAGCGGCGCCCCAGCUGCGAGCUCAAGUGUGCUCGGAGAAGAUAACGAGUCCAAAGACACACUGGGAACAUGGAAAAUGCAGUCAAGGAAAAGAACUCAAACUUUACCUAACAGGAAAUCUUCCCUGGCAGCUGCUCCUCUGGGGCAGAAAGGCAGCAACGACAAAAACGACAUAUUUGCCGGUGACUUUUGGAAGAGCUCCCCUGGGAGCAGCGUGCGCCCCGUGGGCCCUGAUGGACACAAGAGAACGUUGUCUCAUGAUCUUUUUAAGCUGCUCGACCUUCACCGGGCUUCGACCUAUGAUAAUGUUCCAACCCCCCAGACAGAAAGUGGGGAAGGCAGCAGCUCCAGCCCCAGACCUUCGAGCAGCGGCUCUGAUAAGGAAUUUGCAUCCUGCCCCAGCCCCAGCCAUCAGCCAAAGGAAACAGCCAGUCCCACCAGCAGCACCGCCGAGGUCUCCGAGACUGAUCAGGAGAGCAAGGAGUUCCUGCAAAACAUGAUCCUGAAGCUGGAAAAAGAAAUGGAGGUACAGAAAAAUGUCUACGAGGAACAAAUUAAAAGUCUUGAGAAGGAGAACUAUGAAGUCUGGGCCAAAGUGGUGAGGCUGAAUCAGGACGUUGAAAGGGAGAAAAAGAAGUCUGAGCAACUGGAGCUGAAGUUGAUGAACGUGGAGCGCUCACGGGAGGACAUGGAGAAGAAAAACAAGAUGCUUGAGGAGGAGAUAAAAAACUUAGCUAAAUCUACGUGCAAAACUGGUGCCAAAACCAACUAG